AAACUUCAAUCCUCUUUCCCAAACCAGAAUUUCUAACGUACGUCUCAGUACUGUGCUUUGUAAAAGACAAUACUAUGGCCAACCAUGAGAUCCUUUUGCCCGAAAAUGUAGAGCAAACCAUGAAUGGUGUACUGGUCCUUUUAAGCGUGCCAUCCAUGUCAGAUGAUUCUCUCCAAAAUCGUGAUCGUUUACAACAGUUUUUCUCCGACAUCAAAAUAAUUCUUGAGGUUUCGUUCCGUAUGGUUGACAAUGUUUUACUGGGUACUGAUCAUCCUCCUCAUCAAGACCUGGAGAGACAGGAUUUGGAGGGCUACAGCUACGACAGUUCUGAUGAUCUAUUGGGCAAACUCCAGCAAAUUUCGUCCGAGCUGGCUGCAUGCAAGGCUCCUGGCGGGGGAAAUGAACUCAAAACAACAAUUUCCAUACUAAACAAGCUCUCAAGCUGUUCAUGGGCUGAGAAGGCAGUCCUGGUAAUUGCGGCUUUUGCUUUGGACUAUGGAGAUUUCUGGGGCCUUGCGCAGUUAGAUGACUCUCUGGACCAUCUGGCCAAGUCAGUGGGAAUCACAAACCGUGUACCUGCCAUGUCAAAACGCCCAGACCUUAAAAAAUGCCAGAAAGUGAUUGAGGUGCGCAAGUUGAUUGAGAACACGUUGGAAGUAAUAAGAAAGAUUCUAGUGUUGGAACAGAUAUCUGAGUUGGCAGAAAAGUACUACAAAAAUACACUUGCAACGGCAACUUUGGCAAAAUGUAUCCCAGUGCAUGUCUUUUGGGCUAUCAUGACUGUUGUUGCUUGCGCGACUCAAAUGUAUUGCCUUAGCAGUGAUGAGGACAAGACACUGGAUCUAUCUCCCUUGUCUGAGAAGAUGAACAGAACCCGGAACAUACAAGAGACGCAGGAAGAAGAAUUCGAACAACAAAGAGAGGAAGUGGACAAAUAUUGGAAAACGACGGAACUUCCAGAAACACCUACAAAAAUUGUGGUGGCUUUCAAGGCAAUGGUUGGAAGUUGUAUUAUUCACGGUUCUACCAAAAAAUUGCUGAGUAUCGAUGUGCUGAAAAAUAAGAAUGUUUUAUUGUUCAUUUCGGGCGUCAUGGACAUCUCCGUCGAAGAAAUCUCGAUUUUAAAGCCCAUUUUUGAUGGGAUAAGAGAUAAGGAUGAACCGUAUAAAAUUGUAUGGAUCCCAAUAGUGGAGCAUUGGACCGAUGACAUGCAAGCGAAGUUCGACAUGUUGCAGUCCAAAAUGCCGUGGUACAUAUUGCAGGGUUUUCCAACAACAGUAGACAUUACGAAUGAAUAUUGCAGCUUAAAGAAUAAGCCUAUCGUCGUGGUGAUAAACCCACAAUGGGAGGUGGAGCAUCCAAAUGCUCUCCGCAUGAUUCGGCUAUUCGGAAUGAAGGCCUUCCCUUUCACGGCGGAAGCUGAAAAGGCGAUAAUGCCUGAAGGAUUGCGUCAUCAAUGUAGGGGGUUUAGGAUGCCACGGACUGGCCCGAUGCAGGUUGAUAGGAAUUACACUUUCAACUAUGGAUUUUCCGUCUCCAGCAGCUUGAGGGAAAGAUUUACUACUGAGUUCAAUAAAAUUUGUGAUUAUAUAAAUUCAAAUGGGUUGAACAUUGUGAUAGAGAAGAAAUUUAUUGGAGAAGGAAGCGGAAUAGGGGAUGUACAAAAACUAGUGAAUGAGAAGCAACGGGAUCCCAAGAAGUUGUUACGUUCCUUCAAAAGUAACAGUGGAUGGGUUGUGCUCUGCAAAGGUACUCGUGGCGACAUAGUAGUCAGUGAUGAUGGGACAACAAUUUUGAAGGUCUUGGAAAAUUUUGAUGAUUGGAAAAAUUAUGUGAAUGAGCGUGGCUACGAUAAAUGUUUCCACGAUUACUACCAAACGCUUUAAUUUAAAGGAGCCUACGUACCAGGAAAUGGACAUCUCAAUCGUUAAUUAUGUUGGAAAGAUCCUGAUCUAGUGUAUGAUGUUUUUUUCGUUUGCAUGCAGUUGUUAUUGUAACCAUUCCGCCACUUAUGUUAGGAAGAUUGAUAUGCAAUAUGCAUCACAUCUUGACUACGUUGGUAAUAAGCAGUGGCCAAUGUUAUGGAAUGGAUCCAUGUCGUUUUUUAAUGUUCUUGUGCGUGUAGCAAUUUUAGAAGUUUUUCAUGCUUAAAACUUUGCAUGUUUUGUUGGUA